AUGUCUGUACAGCUGCCAGCUCUCAACACUCCAUGGUCGGAACCCAGUCGAAAGGCCAAAGACAGUGCAGUCACUGUUGCUGAAAAAGAAGCUCCACGAGAGGUGGAAUGGUACCAGCCAGUCAUGAAAAAACUCCCAUCGAGCACGGUAGAGGUCUUCGUGAACUAUGCCGGGCUUGCAGACGAGGAUGAGACUGUUCAGCAUAUUUACGCUGUGCGUGAUAAGGCAUGGGAUGUCCUUCCCUACCCAUGCAUCGGAUUGUUCCGGUUUCUAGACUUUAGCAUUCAUCUUUCCCCGAUUUACCCCACGGUCGUGGAUCGGCUACGCACCGGAGAGACCCUGCUCGAUCUCGGGUGCUGUCUUGGGCAAGACCUCCGCAAGGCGGCCUACGACUCUGGUAUUUCCACCAACCUGAUCGGAGCUGAUAUUGAAGCCCCAUUCCUUGAACUCGGGUACGAACUCUUUCGGGACCGAAGCCACUUCCAAGGCGAACUUCGUGCCGGAAGCAUCUUUGACGAAGAUUUCUUGUCCGACAAGCACGGCAAGGUUAAUAUGAUUUAUUUGGGAAGCUUCCUUCACCUAUUCAAUACGGAACAACAAGCUACCAUCGUUGCCAAGCUGGAGAAGCUGCUAUGUCCGGGCCCCGGAGCGUUGGUGUUUGGUCGCAACUUGGGUGCAGAGCAGGGAGGCGAGUUCCACAUGGAGAGCAUUGGAUGGGAUCUCUACCGUCACAGCAGCGACACCAUGCAGGAUCUGUGGGUCAGCGCCGGGAGUCGUCAAUGGAAGGUGGAAAGUAGCCUGAGCCGUUACGAAUCUGCAGCUUGGGACGACAGCCGCAGAACUUGGCAGGGAGAUGGGACAAAGCAAAUGAUGUUCUCUGCCGUCAGUCUCUAG